AUGGAUGGCAUCACUCUGUUUGAACGCACUACAGAUGGCAUUUCUUUAGGCACUCUUGAACGAUCUGCUGCUGCUAAAUACCGUUUAUCUCACUUUUAUCAAUCUUCCGUUGCUGAAUGUAUAGACCGUGAGUCCAGGCGUGUAGAAAAUGAAGAGCGUCUAAUGAAAGAGCCAUGGUCAGAAGAAAAAAAGCAGCGUUUUUUACAAAAUCUAGAGCGUCGUGAGUCGGAGUUUUUGCGAUUGCGUCGAGUUCGACUUGGUGUAGAUAAUUUCAAUACUCUCAAAGUGAUUGGAAAGGGUGCGUUUGGCGAAGUUCGGCUUGUGCAAAAGUCUGAUACAGGAAAAAUCUAUGCAAUGAAGACUUUACGAAAGUCGGAAAUGAUAAAAAAGGAUCAGCUUGCGCACGUGAAAGCUGAACGAGACAUUUUGGCUGAAUCUUCAAAAACUCCAUGGGUUGUGCAGCUCUAUUAUUCAUUCCAGGAUCCACUAUACUUGUACCUAAUUAUGGAGUUUUUGCCGGGUGGUGAUCUUAUGACUAUGCUUAUUAAAUACGAUACAUUUUCGGAAGAUGUUACAAGGUUUUACAUGGCUGAAUGUGUAUGUGCUAUUGACGCCAUACACAAUCUAGGCUUUGUGCAUCGUGAUAUUAAACCAGAUAAUUUAUUGAUUGACAAGGACGGACAUUUGAAACUCUCCGACUUUGGUCUUUCGACUGGAUUCCACAAAACACACGACUCUGCAUUUUACCAAAAAUUCAUUAACAAAGAUACCACGCUUUUGGCAAAGGCACAACAACAGGAGUUACAAGAUCAGCAAAAUAUGAUGCAAACUCAAAUGCAAGACCCUGAUAGUUCAUAUGAAAAUGUAGGCACUGCCAAAAACAUUGACCUCACUCUUUCUCGCAAAAAUCGAAUUGCCACUUGGAAACGAAACAGACGAGCUCUUGCCUACUCUACGGUUGGAACUCCAGAUUACAUUGCACCAGAAGUUUUUGCCCAGCGUGGCUAUUCGCAGGAAUGUGACUGGUGGUCACUAGGAGCCAUCAUGUACGAGUGUCUUGUUGGAUACCCACCUUUUGUUUCUGAUAGUCCUCACGAAACUUACCGUAAAAUUAUGAGUUGGCGUGAAAACCUGUUUGUGCCGGAUGAUGUGCAUCUUUCCCGGGAGGCUGAAGAUUUACUGCAAAGAUUGUUGUGCGAUGCACCAGAUCGACUUCCUGGCCCUGAAAUCAAACGACAUCCCUAUUUUCGAGGUGUAGAUUGGAAUCGCCUUCGUGAAAUCCGCGCACCACUUAUCCCUCAACUCAAAUCUAUCACAGACACAUCGUACUUUCCUACAGAUGAACUUUCAGGUGUUCCAGAGCAGGUUAUGAUUGAUGCGGAUUCCAGAGCAAUCGGUCGGGAUCAGAUCGGAGCAGGAACAAUGGAUUUGCUCAAAAGCCCCAACAAAGAUUUGGCGUUUGUUGGAUAUACAUUCAAACGAUGGGAGACUAUUCGGAACGAUUUGUGA